CAGCCGGAUCUGUGUGAAUGGUAAAUAAAAAUUGGAGCCAAAAAUAAUAAUUUUUUCCUUCUGGAUUGAACCGUUUCCCGCGCCCCCUUAUAAUGACCACCUGUGCAUAACCCGAUUUCCUAAGAGAACCUACAACUUUUCCCGGUUAUCAAGGCAACUCAUGCAUUUCGUCCAACAUCCUUUCAUCGUCAACAACAACAAUAACGUGGUGGACAUACUGCAUCCGGAAAAUAUCGAAUUCGAUGGGCCGCCAGCGGCGCGGAAAAUGAUUAUUGGCUCGUUUUCGAUGUUCGUAAUCUUCUCGUACCUGCAAUUACUAUACAUCCUAGUGGCCAUAUACUUGGCGUUGCAUCACGCUCACCAUUAG